AUGAAAUCUUCUGCUCUCGCUUUAUUGAUAAUUUCAAUCGCUUACGGGGUUCAAGGUGAUGAAAUCACACGAGUACCUCGUGCUGCUGAAACAGAAAACACUUCUAGUACUUUACCUACAGUAGUUAAGACAGCUACUAUCAACGGGUUUGCUGAUAAGAUUUAUGACGAUUUGCCUGAAUGUGCUAAAGCAUGCGUGGUUCAAGAUGUCGGGAGGUGCCCAUAUUGGGAUACUGGGUGUUUAUGUGUCAUGGGUACUUUUGCCAACCCUGUUGCUAAUUGUUUUGCUGAUGAGUGUAAGGGUCAAGAUGUUGUUUCUGUUACAUCCUUGGCAUUUUCUCUUUGCUCAUCUGCAGGUGCUACAUGGAAUCUUCCAGCUACUAUCGCAGAACGUUUAGAUGCGGCAGCUACAGUGGAACCAGAAAUCACCAAUGUUCCUGAUUCUUCCCUGACCAAUAAUCCAUAUAGUACUUUCCCAUCAGUAGUCAAGACAGCCACCAUCAAUGGUUUUGCUGAUAAGAUAUAUGAUGAUUUACCUGAAUGUGCGAAGCCUUGUAUGACUCAAGAUGUUGGAAGAUGUCCAUAUUGGGAUACUGGAUGUUUAUGUGUUAUGGGAACCUUUGCCAAUCCUUUAGCAGACUGUGUUGCUGAUGAAUGUAAGGGUAAAGAUGUGGUGACUGCUACUUCAUUAGCUUAUUCUGUUUGUUCUGCUGCUGGAGUUUGGGAACCUUACUGGAUAAUCCCAACUUCCAUCAUUGAACGUUUAGAUGCUGCAGCUACUGAAGAAGUUGAAGAAGUCAUAACUACUGAGGUAACAAUAAUAACUACCGAAACUAGUGAGGGGCCCAAAGAAAUUUCCGCUUCUAGUGCAGAACCAGCAGAAACAAGU